GGAACGUGUCUCUUCACGAUCUAGCAACCUCUGAGAGAAAGUCUCAGCAUCCCGUCCGGCAGGAGUGUGUGUGUGUUGCAGUCUCAUUGAUGAAAGCGCCACGUUGGACUGAACAUGAGAACCGACGACAUGUCCUGUCUCCACCUCAGAGGGAUUUUUCUCUCCAUGUGUUUGGCUUCAACUGCUUUGUCAAGCCUGCACCCUGAAUGCGAGUUCAUAUUUCAGCUGGAGAAGGAGGAGCGUCACUGCCUUCAGUACAUUGCAGAGCAGGGCAACAGAAGCACGGAAGGUUGUCGUCCGUUCUGGGAUGCAGUCGCCUGCUGGCCGCAUGCAGCCGUUGGGGAACCAGUCCAAAAAGCUUGUCCUGCCGUCUUUUCCCUCUUCAAAAACAACACAGGUUCAGUGAGCCGUAACUGCACCAGAGAAGGUUGGUCCAGAGCUUUCCCACCGUACCACAUCGCCUGCAGUGUGGAUGAUGACCUACCUGAGACAGAGCAGUCGUACUUCGCCACAGUGAAGCUGAUAUACACCGUCGGCUACAGCAUCUCUCUAGUGGUGCUGGCUGUUGCUGUGUUUAUCCUGUUGCUCUUCAGGAGGCUGCGUUGUGCCAGGAACUUCAUCCACAUCCAGCUUUUCGUCACAUUUAUCCUGAAAGCUGUGGCUGUGUUCAUAAAGGAUGCAACUCUGUUCUCAAGUGAUGACACCAACCACUGCACCCUUUCCACAUUUGCCUGUAAGGCCUCUGUGGUCUUCUGUCACUACUGUAUAAUGUCCAAUUUUUUCUGGCUCCUGGUGGAGGCGCUUUACCUCAAUUCCCUGCUGCUUUCGUCCUUUUAUCACAGCCUUCGAUGCCUCUGGGGCUUCACCCUGCUGGGAUGGGGUGUACCUGUGCUCUUCAUCAUCCUGUGGAUUGGAUCCAGGAUGUAUUUUGAGGACACAGAAUGUUGGGACAUCAACGAGAACUCGCCCUAUUGGUGGAUCAUCAAGGGGCCAAUUGUUGUGUCUAUUGCGGUCAAUUUCAUUCUCUUCAUGAACAUCAUCAGAAUCCUGAUACAGAAGCUCAAUCCUCGGCUGAUCCACUUCAAUAACUCCUCUCAGUACAGACGCCUGACUAAGUCCACUCUCCUCCUCAUCCCUUUGUUUGGUACUCAUUAUAUGGUCUUCAAUUUUCUGCCUGACUACUUCAACGUUAACCUGCGCCUCUGUAUCGAGCUGUGCAUUGGAUCCUUCCAGAGAGUGUCGUCCCGCCCCUUCCGGUUGACCACCAUGGGACCUUAUUUCGUAAAAGAUAUGUAUUGUAGUGAAUGGGGCUUCUUGUAUCGAUUCUCUAUUGCUUCCUCAAUCAAGAGGUCAGUACAAGCCACAGCGCUCUCAAGCAUGUACUAUAACAUAUUCAACAAAGCACUCAGAUACAUUUACAGCUCUGUGUUGCAUAAUAAGCCUGUGUUCCCAGAUCACAUACCAGUGAGGGUUGAGUGGUUCACAGUUGUCAGGCCUUCAAAAGCAAAAUAAUUAGCACCUCUCUUACCCUCAUUGCAUAAGGGAAGGACCUCGAGCCCUUAUGUAACCACCAAUAUUAAUAUGAGGCCUUUCCAACCCCACACAGUCUGUGUUUAAUAUUCGGUACACAAUAACUCUAAACCCACGUUCAUCUGUUUUGUGCUUUAGGGCCUCAUGGGUACUUGGACGUCACUCAAUCCUCAAAUAGACUAAUGGAUUAGCUAAUUGAAUCUACAGCUAUAUCCUCUUGUAGAUUAAGAACUAAAAAAAAUACAGCAGUGGAUUAUCCAUGAUUAAUAUCCUGAUGCUUUAUAAAUUUAACGAUACCCCAAUAACAUGUCAGAUAUAUACAUUAGAUUGCUUAAUAUCCAAUAAAAGGAGUUCUGUGAUGGAAGGGGAACUAAAUAUUGAAUUUAAUGUUUAAAGUGUUUUUGUCCUCUUUUUGAAGUAUAAAGACAUAGUUUGGGGGUUAUGCUUAUUAUUUAUUUAUUAAGAGUUGGAUGAGAAGAUUGAUAUCACUUUCAUGUCUGUCCAUUUAAAUUAAGGCUCAGUUAGCAUCCAGUUAAGUUUAGUUUAGUGUAAAGCCUGGAAACAAGAGGAAAACCAGCCUGUCUGUGUCCAAUGGUGACAAAUGAAUGCAUUAAAAUCCACACAAACACCAAAGUAUAAAAUCAACAAUCUGCUGUUUUGCAGGGGUGUUAAGUAACGGACAAUUUCUUUGCCAGGUAACUAGUGUUGACUCCCAAGAAGCACCGCUCCUGACCAAGAAACUGUCCUGGACAUAACCCCCCCGUUACACUUGAUGUUAUACAGGAUGUUUAGCGGUGCUGGUAGGCCGACAGAGCCAGGUCACCUGUUUCCCCAAGUCUUUGUGCUAAACCAGAGGUUCUCAAUCUUUUGUAACUUAACGCACACUUCUGAUUGUUAAAAUAAAUUCUGAAGACCAACUUUUCAAAUAAAUGAGUAAAAAAAAAACAUAACAUGACUAAAAAAGGAGAGAACAAAUACACCGAGCUGUAAAUGUGCUGUGCCUUUCUCAGUUGUAAUGACCAAAAUAAAUAUUCUGCUUCCCAUCACCCUUCACUGCUUGCCUUUAUGAAUUCAAAGGUAAUGUAUUCAUAUUGCAUCACCACACACGUUGGAGCUUUUACAGACGUAGGGUUGUCUCCCACAUCAUCUUUUCUUUUAAAAAACAUUCUGUUUCACUGCACGACAAAACACAUUUGUCUCUACCUAAUGAUGUGUCGUGAUUGCCGUGGUGAUAUUCAAACGUAACUGCUCAAUGCAAUUAUGCAUUUUAAUUUGACGUUUUGUAUUCAUAAGCUAAGCUAACUAGAUGCUGGUUGUAGCCUUAUAUGUAACGUAAUGUUGCACUAUUGCUAGGUAUAUGCUAAGUAUAUUGCAGUGUUGUAUAAAUGUAUUGAAUUAGUAAAAAAACAUAAACUAAUUACAUAAUUAUUUGAAUAAAUACAUGUGGCAUGUAAGUUGCAACAGCAUCAUCUUACUAGUUUGAAAACAGCCUAAUACUGCGUUUUCUAUAUGUGUUUGUGUGUGU